AUGUCGUCUCAUGACAUGAUGAGUUCUGAUAUGCUUAAGCCCCCAUUUGUGAAUAGACCCAGACAUAGGCAUCGUCGUUCCGCUGCCAUUUCUGGUGAUUUUGACAUGAGGGAAUUUGGACUAUUACCUCCUCCAGCUACUUUCAGAGACGGAUCUAUGCCACAGUCGAUUCCUGCUUCACCUACAAGGCAGAGAACAGAAAUUAAUGCUACCCACAUCACUGCUUCGGACAUGGAUACGACGGUUGCUUUCUCCCCUCUAACGUCUACGUUUCUUCCACCUCCACUAGUUUUCUCUCCUGAAGCUUCAGAUAUUCCUGUAGCUUCGUCGUCAUCUCUCAGUUCGCCACUUUCAAGGCCUGUUUUAUCCUUUGUUACUCAGUCCACAUCCAGUGACACCCCAAAAUCGCUUCCCGGCUCUCCGGCUCGUUUUUUCAUGACUGAAGAGGCUUGUUUUUCUCGUCAUUCCGACGUUCCUGAUGCUGUAAUCGACUUGGAUGAAGUUCUCGCAAAGAAAAGAUUCAGUUCCUCUAUUCCAAAGCUCAAUCAUUUUCCUAAUACUUGCAUGAGAACUGCUUCUGCCCCUGAAUUGGAACUCUUCUACUACCCUAAGCAUUCCUUACUAUGUUCACCUAAGAAAAGUGAGGUUGCUAUAGUUGAAGAAAUCACUGAAGAGGAAGAUGGUGAUCCUGACCCUGGCAUGAUUGUUGUUACUGGCAUUGAUCACGAAGAUGCUAAGAGUAGUGGAAGUAAUAGCAGUACAGCCUCCACAACCAAAAGUUGUUUCGGCGAUCCUGUUCUAACAAGUACCUCUUUAGCCAAAUCAUUGUCACUGAAGUCCGCCCUUCUGACUAAUGGCAACGCUUCUUCCAAUUCGCUUUGUUCCGACAAGUCGGGCAUCUCUCAGAUGCACAGCUUGAACAAUGCAGCGUCAGCUUCUUCUCUUAGAGGUAAAGUGCGGUAUCAAUCGUACUUUCAUAAUCAGCAGAAGAUGUCUUCUCCCAAAUUGGGACCUGUUAGACCACCGCCUCGAUCUGCGGGAAGAAUGUUAGAUUCUCCUGCUCAGAGAUCGAGGUCUCCAACACGUGUUCGUUUCCAGGAGCCUCGUAGUCAUCCGAAGAAUCCUUUCAGAUACCAAUCGCAGGUGUAUGAAGUGGUUGAGGAAGACCAUCUCUUUGAGAAUGAUGAGCGGGGAGACCAGGAAAAUCAAUCCAGUUCCAUUCUCAGCAGUAUUUCAUCCAAGUUCCAUCAUCGUAGAGGUUCUUCUGUAUUUUCAUUUCGAUCUCUCAGAAAGGAGAGGUCUGUUAUAGAGACUACCACUGAUUCUCUGCUGGGUCUUGGGUCAAUGGAAUCUCCAGAGAUUGCAACAGCUGCCUACUCUCCACCGGCAGAUACUACUCUUCUGUCCGAUGAGGUGACGCUUACGCCUGAAACGCUUGGAGAACCGGGACCGAUGGUUGAACGAAACGGCGAGAAAUCACCCUUAAGUAAUAUAUCAAAUACCCCUGGUAAACUGAAGGGAGUUGUCGGUUUAGAGUCGCAACAGUUCGACGGCAACCGUCAAAGAUCUGCGUCUACCAAGCGCAGAAAGGGAAUUUUCAGCUGGAUGCUAAGGGCCAAGAACUAA